GCGUCGGUUUAGUGAAAGCUUACGUUGUAGAGCUGCUUGUGUGUUUGAGAGUUGGAUUGUCGCUCUUUAUGUGACGUUGACAUUAUACAUCUUCUUAUACUAGUAUGUGGAAAACAUAAGGAUAUAAACUUUCUUUCAUUUAACAUUUAGCUUGUGAUUAAUCAUCGACGACAGAAGAUCAAUCCUCAGAGUGGAUGUGAUGUUUAGGAUCAUUUGAUGCUGCGCUGAUGGGUUCGUGCUGCUGUUGAAUGGAUCUGUUGUACUGUCCCUGGAUCAGUCACUUCAGCAGAUCAUGUUUAGGAUAUGCAACUCAUCACUCAACUUCAUAAAGCUGUGAUGUCGGAUGAGGUGCUGCAGGGAUCCAUCGAUUCAUGGAGACUUUAAACUGCGGACAGAGUCUGAUGAUCACCCUGAUGGAUUCGUGAUCCGACAUCAAACACAAUAAAUGUUUCUGUGGUUAGUUGGAGUGACGUUAUCGUGUGGCGUUCAUGGAUUCCGCUGGGAUCGAUUCGUUCUAAAGCACAGUCCGAUCGGCUCCAAGUUACAGUUUUGGUGACUGUUAUUACUCUCUCAUGUAUGUAACGUUAUGUGUGUAUGAUUGUUGAAGGCGUCGUACAGCACAGAUCUGCAUCAUGCUGGCGUGUGUGCAGCAUCAGCACCAUCCCGUCCAUCACCUGCCGUGUGUCACACAGAUCCCGGACACAACCCUCCGUCAGCAGAGUGAGCUGAGCGCCGUGCGUUCCCCCCGCUACCCAUCUGUGGCCCAGCUGGACGCCUACGCUCAGAAGACAGCCGACAGCCCGCUCUCCAUCCAGAUCUUCCCGAGCAACGUCAGAGUCCCGCAGCACAAACAAAUCAACAGAACCAUCAACGGUCUGGACCCCGGCGGGCAGCCGUUCUCCACUGGACAUCAGGGCUUGUUGGCUAUGGUUAAAUCUCCCACUGCGGACAAAGGUUUGUUGAAAAGAUGCAAACUCUCCCCCGUCCAAAUGGCCGUGGCCCCUUACGUGCCCCCCAGCCACAGACACGGACAGAAACCAUGCGAUGUGGGACCCGACGUGCCCGCCGCCUCCAGUGUGUCUGACCGGCCCGUCCGCAGCGUCAUUCAGCACAUGAGCCGUCCGUCUAACUGCAGUCCUGCGUUCCCGGCGGACUCCGCUGCGUCCUGCUCAGAUUCUGCUUUCACAGUCGGCGGUUCUGCUCGGAGCGGUCGGGUGUACGCGGGGGCCGUGCUGCCCACUCAGAAGGCUUCAGGGUAUGUGGACGGUUUGGAUUUCUGGCAGCAGGUGUACUCUCCAGAGGUCUGUGUGCCAGUCAGACUGCCCUACAGACAUCAUCAACUCCAUUCCACACGUGCAGAUUUCUCCGCCGGACAGUUGUUGGUGUCUCAGUGGAACGGUGUUCUGGCCACAGCGGAUAGCGAAUCCUACAAUCAACAAGAGCCCCCGCACCUCCGUCCACACACCCGCGGGCGUCUUCAGCCGUACCCGACGGAGCGAAGCACGAGUGUGUCCGGUAAGAGCUUGUGUCAGGCGUCUCUUCUGAGCAGCAGUCUGAAAUCUCUGGAGUGUCUCAUCAGUGACAUUCACCCAGCCUGCAUCAAAGAACAAAUGCUGGGCCGAGGAGACACACACCUUCAUCUGCCUGUGUUCACAUGAGACACUCGUGUCUUCAGGAUGUAAAGAGAUCCAUCAGAUCUGUCUCGAAUCUCUCGGGGCUGGUUCACACAUUCUGAAUCUGCAGCGCUUGCGAGACACAAACACGUCUACGCUCCACUACAUUGACAUGAAAGCAAACGUCACUUUCACAUCACAUUGAUCAUUCGGUUCUAUCAAAGAAAAUCCCAAAGCCUGAAGUGUAUGGAGGACCAAAGUACUCAAAAUGAAAUAAUUAAAUAAUUCAGUGAACCACUGAUAAAAUUCUGCAGUUUAUAUUGCAACAAUUUAAUCAUUACAUAGUUUAAUUAACCAUUAAUUAAAUGUAUUCAUUUAUGUUGUAAUAUUCCCUGAAAAUACAUCAUUAAUUGUUUAGUUCUUUUCACAAUAGCAAUGACUUUUUUCCACCAAAAUGAACUAGGAUGGAUUUCACAAUAAAGCAUAUGUUUUCCAAAAGCAUGUUUUCAUAAUAAUAGGCGGAAUUUCCGGAUGACGCGUAUUGGACAAAACGGCAUAUUUCACCACAGUUUUGUUUUCAUAGAGAAUAUAUUUUACAAACGCCAAUCAAGAGACACUGGGCUGGGUGAUGUGCAUAGAUUUGUGCUGAGAGCCUGUUGAUUGGUGUUUGUGAAAUAUUCUCCAUAAUUAUGAAAACAAAACUGUGGUGAAAUCGGUCUUAUUAUUAUGAAAAACAUGCUUUUGGAAAACAUAUGCCUUAUUGUGAAAUUCAUCCUACUUUAUACAUUUUUUUAAUAAAAAAAAACCUAUGUUAUGAAAAAGUUUUACCACAGUAGUCGUUUUUGAUUAAUAACCAAAUUAAUAAUGUUUUUUCAGGGGACAUGACAAAAUAAAUGAAUGAAUUUAAUUAAUGGUUGAUUUAAUUAAUUAAUGAUUACAUUUGUUCUUCUACAAUUAAUGAGAAUUUUAUUAGUGGUUCACUGAAUUAAUAUUUGAAUUACUUCAUUCUGAGUACUCUUUCCUCCAUAGAAGUGUAGCUCUACUGUUUACUGUGUGUCUGUCACUGUCUUUAUUUAAACACUGUUUUCUUUAUUUAAUUAUCAAAUCAUUUUAUUUGAAAGAUGUGUGAGAUCACAGCAGAUGAUUUCGUGCGUUUCAUCCUAUAUGACAGAUGUCCUUAUCAGAUUUUCUUACGGAAAGUUAAGUUGCAAAAACGCUGCUAAACACGCAGAUUUCUGCUGAUGCGCUGUCGUCAGAUUUCUCUCAUGUGGGUCAUGAACUGUUCAUUUAAAGAGAACUGAACAGAAUAUGUUCUAUGUUUGUUGCUGUCAGUAGUAUACACGAUUAGGGGGCAGUCGUGGCCUAAUGGUUAAAGAGGGAUCCUCAGGGCCGGCGGGUAACGACCGAGGUGCUCUUGAGCAAGGCACCUGACCCCCACUUGCUCCCCGGGCGCUGCAGUGAUAGCUGCCCACUGCUCCGGGUGUACGUGUGUUCACUACUCUCUGGAUGGGUUACAUGCAGAGGUCACAUUUCGGGUAUGGGUCACCAUAUCUGACAAAUAGGUCACUUUCACUAUAUUUAUAAAAUUCUUCUUUUUAAAUUGUUUGAUGAUUUUGUGUCUUGAGUUUUAAAUUCAUCUGAAUGUGAUUCUGAUAACGAUGAAGUUUAUUUUUGAUCUUUUGAAGCUGUGGCAGAUGAUGUUGAGAUCAGGGAGAGGCUUUCUUCAUGUUGGUCUUAUUAAGAUGUGGAUCUUGUGUGUGUGUGUGGGGGGGGGGGUGAUGAUGUGUAUGAAUGACUCUAUACGCUCAAUGUUUUAAAAGUGCAAUUAUUCCAUCAGCACAUGCUUUCAACACACAUCUCAUGUGAAAUAUGUUAAGAUUGUCAAAUAAAUCAUGUAGGAAUGUUUUCUACUUCUGUUUGUUUCUGUAUUAUUUGUUUCUGAGGAGAUUAACAGCACAACAUCUACAACUGAACAUUUAUAUUCUCACAUCACAAAAACAUCAUGACAUCAGGAAGAGUUUAGCCCCACAGCCUUCAUUUCUCACUAUCUGUCCUGCUUCUGUACAGUACAAACUAAUCACUAAAGUACAAUCACUUAUACAAAACUGAGCUGUUUUCUCACAUCUCACACACGUCUCAUUCCAUCUCUUAUCAGCAAACACAGAAUUCAGAAGACGAGUCCAUCUGUUUGUUUAGCAGGUGUUGUGUAUUUAAAGCUUUACUGGACCAACAGUUGUUGUUAAGAUGGCUUCUUCUUCACUCACUUCUGUCCUCAUACAGUCAUAUACAGCCGCAGACCAUUUCAGAGAGUGUUAGGUGUGUGCAGAGGUGGAAAAAGUAAAAAAAAUUAUACUCAAAUACAAGUACUACUACUUUGAUGAAAUGUACUCGAGUACAAGUAAAGUUACCAGUCAAAAAAUCUACUCAAGUAAAAGUAAAAAGUAGCUGGUGUCUCUCAUCAUAGAUUCUCUGUGGGGUUCAGGUCAGGUGGGUUUGCUGGCCAAUCAGGCACAAUACCACCAUGGUCACUGAACCAGCUUUUGGUACCUUUGGCAUUGUGUGCAGGUGCCAAGUAGUGCAGGAGAAUGAAAUCUGCAUCUCCAUGAAGUUGGUCAGCAGCAGGAAGCAUGAAGCGCUCUAAAACUUCCUGGUAUACGGCUGCGUUGACCUUGGACCUCAGAAAACACAGUGGACCAACACCAGCAGAUGACAUGGCACCCCAAACCAUCACUGACUGUGGAAACUUUACACUGGACCUCAAGCAACGUGGAUACUGUGCCUCUCCUCUCUUCCUCCAGACUCUGGGACCCUGAUUUCCAAAGGAAAUGCAACAUUUACUUUCAUCUGAAGAGAGGACUUUGGUCCACUGUGUUUUCUGAAGUCCACAGUCAACGCAGCCAUCUACCAGGACAUUUUAGCUGACCUUCUGCUGUCAAGCUUUAUGGAGAUGCUGAUUUCAUUUUCCAGCAGGACUUGAUAAAUAAAGGCUUGAAAUAUUUCACUCUAUGUGUAAUGAAUCUGUAUAAUAUGUGGGUUUCACUUUCUGAAAUGAGUGACAAAAAUAUUGACAUUUUUCAUGAUAUUCAAUUUUUUUAGAUGUACCCGUGUUAAAACGGGUUACAAGUGCACUGCAACAAAUAAAGUAAAUAUCACAGAAUCCUACAGCAGAAAUAUUAACGAAACAAUUCUUAAAUCAAUAAAUAUGUUCUUCAGAAGCGAAUUUAAGCCUUAGAAAAGAUUGUAAGCCUUAUUUUCUAAAUAAAUAUUCAAUGGUACACACUGCUAAGUUUCAGCAGUGAAACCACAUAUAAUGGUUCCACGUGUGUACGGAACGAGAGUAAAUGUGAUGAUUUACCGUUGUAACCUGAUCGUUACCAUGGCAACAUGUUCGCCGUUGAUCGCAGUGAACAAGAAACAUGAAUCCCAAGAGUUUAAUCGGUUUGAUACGUAUCUGCUGUGUUCGGCCAAAGACUAGUUAAGUGAGGCAAUUUGAACUAAAACACAGACAGACACGCUUUAUGUUCAGAGCUUCACAGCGCGCUCUCUCUCGCGGUGUUGCCAUGUUUACAUAUUUUUAAGAACUUCGCAUAUGUUGUUUAGUCUUUUCUUAUGAAGCCGCAGAUACAUUAUAUAGUUAAUAAAGUGAACAGUUGCGCGUAGUGGUUUUUUGCCUUAUUAAAUGUGUCGAUUUGUAAGUUUAUUUUGGGCUUGUCAUUGUGUGCUGUUCUUAUCAACAAUAUGAUCUGGCAACACAGUCAUUUCCCGGUGUUGUGCCGAAUUUGGACUCCCCGCCAGAUUACGACUCCCCUCAUUGAUUUUGCUGGGGAUUGGCCCAAGUACACCUGGCUGCAGGUUGCAGUACGGGGCGGUGCUCCACGUGGAGCUCCGCCCUCAACACAUCCCAUUGGUUAGCGGGGGGGGUUAUUGUUAAAUACGGCCUUCAUGUGUCGCUCUGCCCAUAACUCUUCCCAUUGGUCACAAGGAAAUGACGUUGAAACCAGGAACUGAGGUUAAAAACAUUGUUGUUCGACUUAAUGUGGUGCCGUUGUUGUGCCUAGAAAUGCACCCCUGCCAGAUUAUGCACCCUCCCUCCCCACAAUGGUUAGGGUGAGGAUUAGGUGUUAGGGGAGGGGUUACAAUUAGGUGUGGGGAGGGGUUAGAAUUAGCCAAUCGGACAGCGUGUUAUAGAAGGAGGUGCAUAAUCUGGCAGGGGUGCAUUUCUCGGCACAACACCGUUCAAACCGAUUGUAAUAUAAACUCUGUAUUUAUUUAUUAAUAUAAAUAGUAUGAUUAAAAACUUAAUACAAUGAAAGUUACUUCAGGGGAAGCGUUUCAUUCAUUUGUAAGUUUGUAAGCAAGAGUCUUUAAUACUUGUAGGUUGAUUUUGAUUCUGAUUUUGGCUUGUCCUUUGCGAAAACUAGCGUAACUUUUAAUAAGUGUAGUGACUGUUUAGGGUGUAUUGAUAGCUGUUUUUAUAAGGAUGGUUUUACUACACAUAUUAUGGUUACCGUAGCAGUUUGUGGUGUUUUACAAAGUCUUUGUUUACAGUUUGUUUCUCAUUUUUCAUU